CGAGCAGGGAGGGCGGGAGGCAGGCAGGGAGGGAAGGAGGUCGAGGACGAAGUGAGCGAUGUGGCGCGGCCGCGCUGGCUGAAGCGAGAAUCCCAGUAGCUAGGCAGCCUCCCUCUUUUCUUUCCUUCCUUCCUUCCACCUCUUCGUUAUGUAGGAAGGGAGAGGCAUCAAUGGAAAGGCUGAGAUACGCGUAGAUGGACUUUCGGAUGCAUUUUUUGUUGAAAGAAGAAGAUUAAUCCCGCUUGCCAGUGCACUGACUUUUGUUGGUGUUGCAUCGCUUGUUAAAAAUGGGGUUCACUCACUCCAGCUGAAUCCUUGGAGCAUUCCAGAGAGUUGCUGCAGUGAAGGACUUAUCUCGAUUUUCGGCAUCAGAGGAGCUGCAUUGAUGUUAACCAUUUUUUUGUAAAAUGGAGAACGAGAUCUUCACACCCCUUCUGGAGCAGUUCAUGUCGAGCCCUCUUGUCACCUGGGUGAAGACGUUCGGACCGCUGGCUGGAGGAAAUGGGACCAACCUGGAGGAAUAUGUGGCGCUGGUGGAUGGAGUGUAUCUGAACGAAGUCAUGCUGCAAAUCAAUCCAAAGUCUGCUAAUCAGAGGAUAAACAAAAAAGUGAACAAUGAUGCAUCAUUAAGGAUUCAAAAUUUGUCUAUUUUGGUGAAACAAGUCAAAACUUACUAUCAGGAGACUUUGCAGCAGUUGAUCAUGAUGUCUUUGCCAAAUGUGCUAAUAAUUGGCAAAAAUCCUUUUUCUGAGCCAGGUACUGAAGAAGUAAAAAAGCUCCUCCUGCUUUUGCUUGGUUGUGCAGUUCAGUGUCAGAAAAAAGAAGAAUUUAUUGAAAGAAUCCAAAGUCUGGAUUUUGAUACCAGAGCAGCUGUUGCAGCCCAUAUUCAGGAGGUAACUCAUAAUCAGGAAAAUGUGUUUGACCUGCAGUGGAUGGAUGUCAUAGUGCUGACACAAGAGUAUGUUGAGCCUCUCCUGAAAAAUAUGGCAUUGCAUUUAAAAAGGCUUAUAGAUGAAAGAGAUGAGCACUCAGAGACCAUCAUUGAGCUGUCGGAGGAGCGGGACUGCCUGCGCUUCCUGCCGCACGCCUCGGCCGCGCAGUCGCCGUGCGGCUCCCCCGGCAUGAAGCGCACCGAGAGCCGGCAGCACCUGAGCGUGGAGCUCGCCGACGCCAAGGCCAAGAUCAGGAGGCUCAGGCAGGAGCUUGAGGAAAAGACUGAGCAGCUGCUUGACUGUAAACAAGAGCUGGAACAGAUGGAAGCUGAACUGAAGAGACUUCAGCAAGAGAACAUGAACCUGCUGUCGGACGCGCGCUCUGCCCGCGUGUACCGGGACGAGCUGGACGCGCUGCGCGAGAAGGCGAUCCGCGUGGACAAGCUGGAGAGCGAAGUCAGCCGCUACAAGGAGAGGCUCCAUGACAUUGAGUUCUACAAAGCCAGGGUGGAGGAGUUGAAGGAAGACAAUCAAGUGUUGCUAGAAACCAAGACAAUGUUGGAAGAUCAGUUGGAGGGGACCCGAGCUCGAUCAGAUAAACUGCACGAGUUAGAAAAGGAGAAUUUACAGCUGAAGGCUAAACUGCAUGACAUGGAGAUGGAGCGUGAUAUGGACAGAAAGAAGAUUGAGGAGCUCAUGGAGGAAAACAUGACCCUAGAAAUGGCUCAGAAACAAAGUAUGGAUGAGUCUUUGCACCUUGGCUGGGAGCUGGAGCAGAUAAACAGGACUACUGAACUUUCUGAAGUGCCACAGAAAUCACUGGGCCAUGAGGUGAAUGAGCUGACAUCCAGCAGGUUGCUGAAGCUGGAAAUGGAAAACCAAAGUUUGCUGAAGACUGUGGAAGAGCUGCAAAGUGCAGUGGGCUCUGUGGAGGGCAGCAGCUCAAGGAUUCUGAAAAUGGAAAAAGAAAACCAAAGACUUAGCAAGAAGCUUGAAGAGCUGGAGAAUGAAAUUAGCCAAGAGAAACAAAGUCUUCAGAACAGUCAAAAUCAGAGUAAAGAUUUGCUGAAGGAAAAAGCCCAGCUUGAAAAGACACUUGAAGCACUUCGAGAGAACUCCGAGCGACAAAUUAAACUCUUAGAACAAGAAAAUGAACACUUGAAUCAAACCGUGGCUUCUCUAAGGCAGCGCUCACAAAUCAGUGCUGAGGCAAGAAUGAAAGAAAUUGAGAAGGAAAAUAAAAUCCUCCAUGAGUCUAUCAAAGAGACCAGCAGUAAGUUAAAUAAAAUGGAAUUUGAAAAAAAACAAGUCAGGAAAGAACUGGAACACUACAAAGAGAAAGGGGAGAGGGCAGAAGAAUUAGAGAGCGAGCUCCAUCGUCUGGAGAAGGAAAAUGAGUUAUUGCAGAAGAAAAUCACCAACCUAAAAAUCACUUGUGAGAAGAUUGAGGCCUUAGAACAAGAGAACUCUGACCUGGAGACAGAGAACAGAAAGCUGAAAAAAACCUUGGAUAGCCUGAAAAACCUCACUUUUCAAUUGGAAUCCUUAGAAAAGGAGAAUUCCCAACUGGAUGAAGAAAAUUUAGAGUUACGGAGGACAAUCGAAUCCUUGAAGUGUACGAGCAUUAAAGUGGCACAGUUACAGUUAGAAAAUAAGGAGCUGGAGAGUGAAAAGGAGCAGCUCAAAAAAAGCCUUGAGCUGAUGAAAGCCUCUUUUAAAAAGACUGAACGCUUGGAAGUCAGUUACCAAGGCUUGGACACAGAAAACCAAAGGCUACAGAAAGCCCUGGAAAACAGCAAUAAGAAAAUUCAGCAAUUAGAGAGUGAAUUACAAGAUUUAGAGACUGAAAAUCAGACCCUGCAAAAGAACUUGGAAGAGUUAAAAAUCUCCAGUAAGCGCCUGGAGCAGUUGGAAAAGGAGAAUAAGUUGUUAGAACAAGAGACUUCUCAACUGGAAAAGGAUAAGAAACAGCUGGAAAAGGAAAAUAAAAGGCUUCGACAGCAAGCAGAAAUUAAAGAUAGUACCUUGGAAGAAAAUAAUGUCAGAAUCAGUAAUCUGGAAAGGGAAAAUAAAUCUCUGUUUAAAGAAAUAGUUGUGUAUAAAGAGUCCUGUCUGCGCCUGAAGGAGCUGGAAAAGGAAAACAAGGAGCUGGUGAAAAGAGCUACCAUUGAUAAGAAAACCCUGGUCACUUUGAGAGAGGACUUGGUGAAUGAGAAAUUGAAGACUCAACAGAUGAACAAUGAUCUGGAAAAACUGGCCCAUGAGCUUGAGAAAAUUGGCUUGAACAAGGAGCGUCUCCUGCACGAUGAGCAGAGCAGUGAUGACAGUAGGUACAAGCUUUUGGAGUCUAAAUUAGAAUCCACGCUCAAGAAGUCUCUGGAAAUAAAAGAAGAAAAAAUUGCUGCUUUGGAGGCUCGUUUGGAGGAAUCAACAAAUCUGAACCAGCAGCUGCGUCAGGAGCUGAAAACAGUGAAGAAGAACUACGAAGCUCUGAAGCAGAGACAAGAAGAGGAAAGGAUGGUUCAGAAUUCUCCUCCAAGAAGUGGAGAAGGAAAUCAGUCUGUCAAUAAGUGGGAGAAAGAAAAUCAGGAGACUACUAGAGAAUUACUGAAAGUUAAAGAUAGAUUAAUCGAGGUGGAGAGGAAUAACGCGACGCUGCAGGCGGAGAAGCAGGCGCUGAAAACGCAGCUCAAGCAGCUCGAGACACAGAACAACAACCUGCAGGCCCAGAUCCUGGCCCUGCAGAGACAGACUGUGUCCCUGCAGGAGCAGAACACAACUCUGCAAACUCAGAAUGCCAAGCUGCAGGUUGAGAACUCCACGCUGAACUCGCAGAGCACGUCGCUGAUGAACCAGAACGCGCAGCUGCUGAUCCAGCAGUCGGCCCUGGAGAGCGAGAACGAGGCGGUGCUGAAGGAGCGCGAGGACCUGAAGGGGCUCUACGAGGCCCUGCUCAAGGACCACGAGCGCCUGGAGCAGCUGCACGAGCGCCAGGCCGCCGAGUACGAGUCCCUGAUCGCCAAGCACGGCAGCCUCAAGGCUGCCCACAAGAACCUGGAGGUGGAGCACAAGGACUUGGAGGAUAGGUACAACCAGUUGCUGAAACAGAAAGUGCAGCUGGAAGAGCUGGAGAAGGUUCUCAAGACAGAGCAGGACAAAAUGCUGCAGCAAAGUGAGAAGCAUGAAACUGUGGCAGCAGAAUAUAAAAAACUUCGGGAUGAAAAUGAAAGGCUCUCUCACACAUACACUCAGCUCCUGAGGGAGAACGAAGUGCUACAGACUGACCACAAGAAUCUGAAAACAUUGUUGAACAGUUCCAAACUGGAGCAAACACGGUUGGAAGCUGAGUUUUCCAAACUCAAAGAACAGUACCAGCAACUGGAUAUUACAUCAACAAAGCUGAAUAAUCAGUGUGAGCUGCUCAGCCAACUGAAAGGAAACCUGGAGGAGGAAAACAGACACCUGCUAGAUCAAAUCCAGACCUUAAUGCUGCAGAACAGAACAUUGCUGGAGCAGAACAUGGAAAGCAAGGAUCUGUUCCAUGUAGAGCAAAGGCAGUACAUUGACAAACUAAAUGAAUUGAGGCGGCAGAAGGAGAAACUGGAGGAGAAGAUAAUGGAUCAGUAUAAAUUCUAUGAGCCAUCUCCACCAAGAAGAAGGGGCAACUGGAUCACGCUGAAGAUGAGGAAGCUGAUCAAGUCCAAGAAGGACGGGAACCGCGAGCGCCUCAAGUCGGUGACGCUGACGCCCACGCGCUCCGAGUCCAGCGAGGGAUUCCUGCAGCUGCCCCACCAGGACAGCCAGGACAGCUCCUCCGUGGGCUCCAACUCCCUGGAGGAUGGGCAGACCCUAGGCACCAAAAAGAGUAGCAUGGGUGCACUGAAAAGACUGCCCUUUUUGAGGAACAGACCGAAGGAAAAAGACAAAAUGAAGGCCUUCUACCGUCGCUCCAUGUCCAUGAAUGACCUGGUGCAGUCCAUGGUCCUGACAGGAGGACAAUGGACAGGUAGUUCUGAGCAUCUGGAGGGUCCUGAUGAUAUAUCCACGGGUAAAAGGAGGAAGGAAUUGGGAGCUAUGGCCUUCUCUACUACAGCUAUCAACUUUGCCACUGUCAACUCCUCCACAGGCUUCAGAUCCAAGCAGUUGCUAAAUAAUAAAGAUACUACAUCCUUUGAAGAUGUAAGUCCACAAGGUAUUAGUGAUGAUUCUAGUACAGGAUCAAGAGUUCAUGGAGUACAGGAUUUUAUCUGUGCAGAUGCUCUUGCUCCUCCUGUCCGUGGCCUCCCAGCCCUGUGCAGGGUUCCCUGUCAGAUCUGUUUGCCCUUUUCCAAAGUGUCCUCUUGGACCGCCUGGAAAUUCCUUCGCAUUCUGAUCUCUUCCAGACCAGCCAGCCUUGAUAGUGGCAGGACAUCCACUAGCAAUAGCAAUAACAAUGCUUCACUCCAUGAAGUCAAAGCAGGUGCAGUGACCAGCCAGAGCAGGCCCCAGAGCCACAGCAGUGGGGAGUUCAGCCUGCUCCAGGAGCACGAGGCCUGGUCCAGCAGCAGCAGCAGCCCCAUCCAGUACCUGAAGGGCCACACCAGGUCCAGCCCCGUGCUCCAGCACAGGACACCUGAGAGCCACAGCAAACCCCCCAAAACGGGCUCCCCUGGCAGUGAAGUGGUCACCCUGCAGCAGUUCCUGGAGGAAAGCAACAAGAGUAACUCCAGUGAGAUGAAGUCUGCAAGUGAGGAGAACCUUUUAGAUGAAGUGAUGAGGAGCUUGUCCGAGUCUGCGGAGCUGGCAGGGAGGGAGAAGCUGCGGAAGCAGCCGGCAGCUGGCUGUGGGAUCGUGAGAUCCCUGAGUGUCAGAACCACGGGGGAUUUCUCAGAUGGACGAUCCCUCAAAGCAGAGCAGCUUGUGAGGCCCAGCCUCAGGAAGGCUGAGGAUCUCUACUUCAGCAGCUCUCCCAUCAAAUUCAGCUCUGGCGCCCAGGGGAAGCCCCGCUCUGUGAAGGAAAAGAUCCAAGCGACGGUGACCCAGCGACAAUCCAGGGACUGCAACCCCUACGCCACCUUACCUCGUGCCAGCAGCGUCAUUUCCACGGCAGAAGGCAGCACCCGAAGGACAAGCAUCCAUGAUUUUUUGUCUAAGGACAGUAGGCCGCCCGUGCCCGUGGAUGCAGCCCCAGCCCCGGCCGACAGGAGUGCUCCGCCCGGCUCCAAUGUGGAAGCUAUCCCAGAAAGCAGAAAUUCAAAAAACAGGUCUAGGGAGCAACAAAGCUCCUAAUUCUAUUACCCACUACCUGAGCUGUGGGCCAAGUGAGAGAAAAGUGUCCUUCAGUAUCUCAGUGUGAAGCCUUUAUAUCUGAAGUAACAAGACAGCGACUGUAGGAAUCAUUAAUAAAAAAUUAAGGGAAUUUUUUACAUUCUUCGUGACUAGAGCAGGCAAGAAAUAAAAACCUACCUACCUACCUUCCUUCCUUCCUUGAAUCAAGGAGCUCUACUGGAGUCUACUGCCGAAAAUGUGUAGAUGGUCUUAGGAAUUAUUGCACAUUGCACUGUUAAGAUCUACUGAAUAAAGGACAGUUCUCAUCUCCCUAAGGACCAAGGAUUUUAAGGUCUCAAGAAUUACUCCAGGGCAAAAAAUAAAAAAAACUAAACUUCUUUCAUCUUCUGUUUUUGAAAUUAGCCACUGAUUUGCUUAAGCUUCUGCUAAUAAUUAGCCAAACCCCCCCCAAAGCUAGCAGUUUCUAUUUACGUCUGUAAAUCUAAAGGAAAUGCUGUAGAAUUUUGUUGAAAUGGACUGUAUAUACAGAUACAAAAACCUCACAGCUACUGGCACUUCACUGCCUUAUUUGGUUAGCAUAAUCUGCAUGAAAUUGCUCUUAAGAAAGUUUAUGCUGAUUUUUGUUGCAUACUGCAAGAGAAGAAUUUGUUUACAUCCAUGCAAAAGCUUGGUAACUAACAGAAGUGGGAGUCAUGGGAUAAUGGUAUUAUAGAGACAUUGUUUGUCCUUUGUGUUUUUCACAUUCCCCAGUUACUCUGCAUAUGUAUGUUCAGAUGUUUCUGACAGGAAAUUGUCGGGUAUGGUUUUUCUAUAACUUUUAUUUUAAUACAAGGCUGUUUUCCACAAAUGCCAUUUCCAGGAAAAGACUGUCUUACAUUGUUUGUGUAUUGACUAAUUUUUUUUUUUUUACUGUUUGUCUUCUGACAUGAGCUGAUUGUGGCUUAGGAGGUUUCUUGAUGGCAAAAAGAAAUGUAAAUAAUAUCAUAUGCAUUUUACAUUCAGUUCCCUCUAAGGUUAUCUUUUACUAGAUACAUUUUGUUCAUUAUUGAUUUAUAUUAAAGUCAACAAACAUUAUUGGUACAUUUGGUGGUCGCAUAUAUUUGUCUGGAAAGAUUUGCAGCGUGCUCAGAGGAAGAUGAUGGGAACUGAGACCCAAAACGAGUUGUUCUAUUUUAUUAAAGCCAGUAAGCACAUUCCUGUUCCUCAUGUAAAAGGCUGAGUUCCCUGUGUCACCUCCGAGUGUCCAGCAGGAGGUGCACAAUGUCACCUGCAGCUUCCUCAGAAGGUGAGCCCACUGCUGAAGGCAGUUCAACACAUUCAGAAGCUUGAAAUCGUCUCACAAAGGGGAAGAAAGAGGCAUGCACAAUAAGCUUUAGAAGGGGAGAUUUUCUGUUUGUUUUCUUGAAAAUGAGUUUCUUCUGAAAUUUUCUUUGGGAUAAAAUGGGCUAAAAGAUCUGUACUAAGGGCAUAACGGGUAUGGCAGACAAUUCAAAGGCCAUAAAGAUCAGGAAAAUCUCUCUUCACUCUGAAUGACUGUCGGUUCAAGCUCAUUUCAGGACCUGGGUUCUCCUCACUCUCUGCUGACAGAGGACUGGGCAGCUCAAAACCCCAGCCAGAACCAUUUCUCACAUUACUGUUACAGAACCAUGCAGGGCUUGAACCAGGAGAUGGAAACUGCAGUGCCAAGUGCUGCCAGGAUCCCAGCUGGGUGCCUGUGUCUGGGGACUGUCACUGUCACUGCUUUGGCACACACUGCUGUGUGUGGAGCACUGCUGGGCAGUGUCAGUGCCCUCAGCACAGCUGGAUGUGCCCUUUCCAUCACACAGGGAUCCCCUCCUGCUCCGCUGGCCAGCUCAGCUCUUCUCAAGCUGCUGCUUUUGCUUUGCUUUGCUUUGCAGAGAAGUUCCUUGGCACUGGAGGAGUCAGGUGGUUCUCUGUGCUCUGCCAGUUCCCCUUUCCUUCUUCCUUUCUUCACCUUCCCACUCUGUGCCCUUAAAGGGAAAUACAAAAAACCAAAUUUAACCUGGGAGCAGUUUCAGUUCCUGCUGCUCCCAAUGCCAGGGAUGCACAUGGCAGCUUUGUACCCCAGGAGUGCCAACCCCAGCACUGCCAGUUCCAGGUCACAGAGGAGGUUCUCAUGCCAUACAAUGUGUGUGUUCUAUUUACUUUUCUGAUAGUCUCUGAGGAUUUAGUAACAUUCCCAGCACCUAUUGUUAUUAUCAUUAUUUCUAAAUUUUGUCCAGGACAUGAUGCAGCCUAACAAAGGGAGCUCAUGUGUGAUUUUUAGGGGUAGCUGAUGAUGUAUAUGUAAAUAAUGCUUUGAUAUUAAUAAAACUGCCUUAAAGGAAUGUACCGAGGUGUGAAUCAGAACUUAAAAAGCUCUUAUUUAAAACUGUAAUUUCCUUUACAUAUUGAUUUUUUUAAUGUUUGCCAUUGUAUACAUUUAUUAAUGAUGUUAUUAAAAUGCCAAACCAAAUAAUUUUUAUUCUUAUUUUGUGUGUGUAUAUUUAUACACACUUUUUUCUGGAAACUGAUGUUACUGGAAGGGUAUUGGUGUUGUGGUGAUGUGUGCAGUGAGUAUUUCUUCUGGAAGGAAACUGAUAAAACUGUAGCAGAAUUUUUCUGGACCAUGUGUAGUUUGUUCUGUGUGAUUUGUGUAGAGCUGGGUAGCUUUUAACUGUACACUAUUUUGAUACUAUUAAAAAAAAAAGAGAUUUCAUAAGUAAAUAUAAAAAGAAAUCAUUCUAGAUUUGCCAGGUGUAGUAUUUGAAGCCUGGUAGAUAUUUUUGCUGAGAUGAGUCUCAGGAUCCCUUCUGAGGAUGAAGUUAGGCACACUUUAGGCAGUGCAGAUUCCAGGAUUGUGCACGUCCUUCAAACAGUUUGUCACAUUUAAAACAUUCCAGAUUUAAAAACCUUGGCAAGUCAAAUCUAAUACUCUUUUUUUUGAAGUGCUAAGGGACUUAGGGGUACCACAAUAAAAAAAAAAAAAAACUUUAAGGGGGAGGGAGAGUGAAUGGCAGAGAGAGAGCAAGGUAAAUACUACAUUUAAAGACACGUCCUAAUGUAUCAAUGUGGAGUUAAUUUAGUUGUGCAUUUGUCAAUCCAGAGCUCAUUCAUCUACCCAGUACUCCUAAAUACCAGAUGUUCCCUUCACUCUGUAAAAUCUCAUGGAUCUGGACAUCUCUCUAGUGCUCUUCCUACAGCUGCAGCAUUUUUGGUCACUUCUUUCCUACUGGACAUGACUGCCAGGAUAGAUGGGGUCAGUUUGUGUGUCAGAGAUGGAGAACUGGAACUGCUGGAUGGUGAAGGGUUCUGUCACUCAGAGCUCCAAGAAAGGUGCCAGAUCCUUCCAGAUGAAGGAAAUGUGGUAAGGCUGUGAGUGAAGGAACUUGCCUUACUGUAGAUGAUGAUUUUCCCUACUCAGUUAAUAGUAAUUGUUCAUUCACCCAAUAUCACAAAUGCUUUUCCUUGUUUUUAAUUUGUGCUCCUGUAGUUCUGGUUUCAGUUCAUGCUGAUGCUCUUGCCCUGGAGGCUUUGUUUGUACUGAAAUUUUCCUUGGGCUGCAUCCUAAAGCCUUCACCCCCAUCACCCUCAGAUUCCAUCCCUCACUCACUGCUCCCCUGGCUUUGGGUUUUGGGGGUGCUCAUUGCCAGGGGAUGUUUACUGGACUUGAGGGAGUUUCUCCUGCUUCUGUCUUCAGCACACCAUGAUUGAACAAUGACAAUCAAAUGCUUUUCCAGUGUAGGUGAGUUGUUUUUUUUAGGUAAAAAGAAUAAAAAGAAAGCAAUGUGUAGUAGGCCAUAAAUGGGGGCAGGGACAGUCACUCUGUCCUGAGGGUAUUGACAGGUCCUACAACUUGGAAUUUGUUCUUUCCUUGUGAUGUCAAGUUUAAACCUUCAAGGCCAGUCCUAUGCCUGGGAAAUUCUAGUUUUAUCCAUUUACUGAUAAAGACUAUAGUAGUGUUUAAAUAAUGCCUUUUCUACUUACUAGCUACUUAGUGGUAGAUUGCCAAAUGUCUUUUUAAGAACAUUGUUAACCUUCUAAUAACUGAAAGGCAGUAUUUUUUCUCACCAGAUUAUACAUGACAAACUUACAUAACUGAAAAAAAAUGAAAAAGGAGUAAGCCAUUUUUUCAAGUUUUAUUUGUAAUGAGAUUUUUCACCCGUUUUGCUCUACAAAAAUCUGAGUAGCAGUAGAAAAAUGAACUUCCUCUACUUAAUGUCUUCCUCGAAGUGUACGAUGAUGGGCUCGUGGCCUGUUGAUCUCACAAACUUCAGGAAGUCGUCGGGGCUUAAGCCCAUGGUUGCAGAAUUUGUCAUUGGAUGGAAAUACACCUUUUCAUGGCCCCCUUGGAGCAGGGCAGCGUCCAGCACCAGCCUCACAUCUCCCUGGUC